CUUAUGAUGCCGGCACAAGGUCGUGUAUUCAACUCAGUCCCAAACCACGCAGCUUUUUCUAGUUCAUUUCCCUGCUGUGUCACAAGUUGUUCUUUCAGUGAACAACUACCUACAAUUGUAGAAGAAUUCCUUGAUUGAGUAAAGUAGAAGAGAAAACCGCACAUUGACAUUUUUCCACCACGAGGAAUCUAUAUCUUUCUGACCGUCUAAAUCUUGUUUAGAUACGAUCUAAAAAUCAAUCCAUCGAGGUCGGUCUCGAUUCUUCAUCCGUCGUUUCGAAGUCGCGAGCAGAUUUUUCCAUAGCCCAACUCAUUUUCACUACCUUUGCGGCGCAGCAUCGAUUCGAGCCCCCUCCUGUGCCUUCAGACCAGAACUGGCAAUCGCAGAAAGCGAGAAUGCGAAGCCGCGAGGUGUUGUGUUUCGCGGCCGCGGUUGGCGUCCAGGCCUCCAGCCGCUUUGGUUAUUUGCGGACGAGCAUUUUCGGCACAGCCACAGGCGCCGUUCCUGCCGCGCCUCCUGGUCGUCCUGACAGCGGCACCAUGCAGGUUCGCUUGGAGAUUCUGGAAGCCGCAUUCGCAAAGGUGGAGGAAGCCCGAGUCGCACCCAACCCGGAGACCGGAGUGCUGUGUCCGAAUCCGGAGCGCGUGGCGUCGACGGCGGUGCUGGAGGCCGCGAGCAAGUGGCACGACCACGGAAUGGCUCCGGACAGCCAGAAAAUGCACUUUUUUCAGUCUGACCUGGCCCUUCUUUUUGCCGCAGUGACACGAAUGGUGCAACCAGUUCCAGCAGCAGACGCGGUCCUCGCCGCCACUAAUCAGCGAGGGGACCCUUCGGCCGGGACCUAUGCUAACAAAAUAUUGCAUCAGGUCUACAUUUUUGCAGCCCAAGUUUCUAUCCACGUGAGCAUGAUAGAUCAAGACCCGCACUUGCAGUUUGUCCGUGAUCUCCUUCCGCGGUGUCAGUUGCUUUUAUUUGUAGAGCGUGCAUGCACAACUGCAAAUGCAAGCCUCGAUUGGAUAGGAACACGUCUACACGUGGCCACUUUUUGUCUGUCGCUGAGAAAUACUUUUUUUGUUAGGAUAGCAUCACAACAGACAUUCAGCCUGUCCGAAAGCUGAUAGCGGCCCAGCGCUUGUACCAGACGGCCUUCUUAUGUAGUUUGAAAAAUUACACAUUUGAAAUUCCCGCUCCCGGAGCGGCGCUCCGGUCUUGCUGAUGGAUGUCAUCACGAGCGGUUGGGCAAGCAUCAGGCUACUAACUUAUUUCAAAUAGCCCGAUGCUUGCCCAAUCUCUAUCACCUUUUAUGAAGAAGUAAUAUCGGGUUUCGUGUCAUAAUUGACGACAGAAGAAGUUCUUCCACUACAUGCUCAGGUGACAACCGUCACUUGUGAUAAAAACUGUUUGAAAUAAUCACGACACCAGUGCCCGCCCGAGUUCGGGAGCAGGAAGGAAAAAUGUGUUUUUUUCCCCACCGGGAUAGACCACUUCGUGGGAGGACGACAUUGAGAAGAAUCCCGACUACAUGGCGAUUAUGAUGGUCCGUCCAGCAGACGUCCCCGACGCUCGUAGCCAGAAGUUGAAGUACGAGUGGACGCGGAACACCUGGUUUCCCUUCGUGCUGGACAUGCUCGAGUCGCUUCUCGUUCCCGCCUGGCAGGAUGUGUGGUACGGCAGAGGGCAUGUGUCACACUGGGCGCCGUCGACGCGCGAGCUACUUCCACGGGUCACGCUCCGCCUUCUCUCGCUUCCGAACGGCGAAUUCCGCGAUCCGUCGCAGGCGACCGAGCCGGGGGCGGAAAACCUGCGGUCUCCGGUCCUGCUAUCGGGUUUCACGCACGUGCGCGGACAUUGUUUUUCGCAGCACGAGAUCUACCAGGUACUCGAUCUCGCACUUUUGCUGCGUCAGCUGGCGCGGGAACUGCUUGGUCCGCGAAAUGCGGGAGCUCACCAGGGCGGGGACGGGGCGAGACCGAUGAUGAUGCUUGCGCGGCGUCCCGGCAGCGCGCGGCGGCAACCAGGAUUUCUGCGCGCCGAUCGCAGCGGUGCGGGUGGUGGUACCCGGCGUGGUGCAAGAACGCAGGGUCGUAUGAAUAGUCGGAAGAAGGAGCUUGUCAGCUUGCUGAUCGAUCCAUUCCGCCAGAAACUGCCGCGGCCGGGAACGGCAGCGCAGCCCAUGUGCAUGGCUGUUUCUUCCUCCGGAAGUUCGGGGCGCGCCCGUCUGGUCUACAGUGAUGAGCGUGAGGAUUGGAUUAUUGUGGACGAGUACCACGCAGAAACAAAAAGUUGUGUUUUCAAUACUUUUGCAUUCGUGCUUGCAUCUUGCGUGUCAAUCUACUUGCAGUUGCAAGCGUUCCUGCGCUCGUGGCAGACUGAUGCAGGAUCAGCCGGCUUUGCAAAUAAAACAUGUCUUUCGGAACAAGGAGCUUAUUGGAUACACAAUAUUUUACGAGUAUACCGAGGAAACCGGCGAGGAAAUCACGGGCGACGAGGCUGACGAUGAUGACGAUGUUGACGAGCCGGGAGAGGGCGAAAGCUCACCUCCGAGGGAUGUACCUGCUACGGACAGCGUGGUGUCGCCGCCCCCUGCCCCUGGUGGAGGACAACCCGGCACUGCUGGCGGAGACAGCACGAACACGAAUGUGGCCGGAGGUACUUCAGUACUUAAGGCAGUUCACAGGGACCCAGCUGGCAGUAGGGGCGGCAGCGGAAGCUCAAACUAGAUCUACGUGAUUGAUUUUGGCAUGUUCAAAUGUUCGCAGAGACGCGCUCUCGCUUUAUUUGGAAGAGCACCAGCGUUGUAGCCCGACUCGUUAUUAUUUUAUGGAAAAUUGAUAAGUGCGCAUGUGGAAAUCGGAUGAAAAAUUUCAACCGUAAAUGAAGACAAUUUACCUACUUGACAAUUUUGCAGGCGACGGUCACAGCGGUCCAGAACCACCUACUCAGGAAAACAAUGGUGACUCUGCUGGUCCGCCGGGAGGCGACACUCAGGAAACUGGCGGGGGCAGCAACACAGCAGGGGGAGGUUCCUCUCCCGGGGGAGGUUCGUCUCCCGGGCCCGGCAAUGAAGGUCCGAUGGAUGUUGACGAGGGCGGACCGGGGGACGCGGAGGAGGACGGCGGCGACAGCCAUCGCGGCGACCCGGAGAAGCUGACAGAGGUCGACAAGCGCAUCGAGGAGUUCAUCCGAACAACGGGGAUGCUGGCGGCCACCAGUGGCCGGUUUCUCGAUGAGCUGCCGCCCGCCGCGAGGAACGUGGCGGAACAGGCGCAGCGGCAAAUGACCAUAGCCGCGGAGUACUCGGGCCCACUCGCCACGCUCUUCCCGCACGGUGAUCUGGUGCCGCUCCCGGACUUUCAGUUUGAGCAGGAAGGGUGAAGUAGCCAGCUUACAGAUCCGGACAAGGACUGUGAUUCUGACUCGGGAUCGGAAAGAAGGUAUUUGUUACCGGUGGCAGUCUGCAAAUUUGAGUUAUACUUGAACCCAACAAGGGCGUUUGUGCUCGCAGACCCAGGAGCCAGUCAAUCUUGUAGUGAAACCAGUUGAGUGACGCCAGCUUCUGCCUUUUUUUUGACAUGCUCUUGAUCACUUUUUGCAGGCAUAGGGAAAAAGAAGCUUGUCGAGCGGGUAUUUUUGCGAUGCAGCGGAGCUAGGCUGACCUGCUGCUCGGACAAGUUAAUGCUCCUAGUGCAACAAUAAAUAAUUAUAAUUUCGCAGGUUGUAUGGACUUGUCUCUGCUUCUCGUCGGAUAUGAUAGCCGGGAGGAUAAUGGAAACACUUGGACACGUUGGUGCACGCGCUCACAGGACAGCACGGUGUUGAAAACUUAGAGCUACCGAGUGCCACGUGUCUAUGGAUAAGUAUCGAUAACGGUUCUUUUUUCGAAAAAAGACGUGGCAACUGUACGCAUUGGCAUUGUAAUACAG